GUGAAAACUGGUGUCAUUAAAGUACAACCGACUACUACUGCCAAUUCUGGUGCGAAACCACAUUACAAGAAGUACAACAUUUCCAACUAUAGACCAAUCAUCACAUGGUUUGUCAGAUUCUAUGCCGGAAUCAUUGACCAUCACUUCCUCAUCAGUAGGCGCUCUAAUUCAUGGCACCCGACCAUUUGCGGUGUUGGGAUCUGUAGGAAAGGCCAUAUUAUCUCAAUUCAGAACUGAUUUAUUAGACUUAAAUACUUAUGAAGACAUAACAAAACGAUUGCUUUCACCCUUAACACUGGAACAGUCAGAACAGGUUAUUAUUAAAGCGCUGUCGCCUUAAAUUCAGCCAUAAUUUGGAUACAAAGACUACUAAUUAUUUUUAUAUAAUUUAAUCGCAAAACUAGUCAUUUAAUUAAUUAAUCAGUUUUUACACAUUUGGAGACAAUUUUGAAAUCAUUUUUUAUAUAUUUUAUACUAAACUAAACAAUAAAGAAAAUCAAAGCA